GCCGGCACACCACAGAUGCGAGAGCCGCCGCGGUUGUCGCGCAGGCGCACAGGCACAGGCCCCGGGCACGCGUCGUUCCGUUCUUAUCCACUCCGGCGCGGUGAGCCGAAGCGGCGCGGGCCCAGCCACGCGGCGGAAGCGGUGCGGGCGACCGUCGAUCCACGUCGACACGGUCAAGGCCUCCUUUAUUAUCCUCCUGAGUCCUGCCUCCCCCUCCCCGUCCCUGAUCCCUCCCCGACCUCACCUCACCCGGCGCAACCAUCCGCGGCCACUGUUAUUAUUAUAUCAUCAUCAUCAUCAUCACACAUCACCUACCCGCUGCCUCCUUCCUUUCCCCUUUCCAUCGCCGAUUCCUCGCCUCCUCCCGUCGGCUCCGAUUCGCCUUCCCCGAACUCCCGAUUUGCUAGCGACGCCGACGCCGUGGUGACGCGCCGCGCCGCGCCGCGCAUGGAGAUCUCCUUCGAGGCGUGGGAGGGCGUGCAGCGGCACGGCCAGGACCUUGCGGACCGCCUCGCGCAGGGCUUCACGGGCCUGCUCCAGGCGCCGCCGCAGUUCCCGUGGCCCCCCGCGCCGCACAAGCGGAUGCCCAUGCCCUUCGACAUCGACCUCCCCGUCGUCCCCUUCGGCGGCGCCGGCGGACGCGGCGUCCCGGGGAAGGACUUCCCCUUCCCCUUCCCCGCCGCCGCCGUCUCCUCCGUCAUCGACAUCGGCGGCAGGCUGGGCCAGGCCGGCGCCGAGCUCGGGGCCUCCGUAGGCGGGGCCGUGCAGCACGCCGUGCGCCACCUGCCCGUGCCCGUGCCGUUCCGGAACGGCCAGAUCCGCCGGCGCAAGCUGCCGACGCCGUCGCCGUCGGCGCCGACUACUCAGGCGCCCCUGCCCCCCGCGGCUUCCGUGGGCGAGGGGGCGGUCGGGCUCUCCGUCGAAAGGGCUGCUGUGGAUAGGUGCCCCCUAGAGGCGGCGGCGGCCGCUGCCGCUGCUGCGACUGGGAGCGCAGCCGCAUCGAGCGUCAGCGGUCAUGUUAACGGCGACGAUUUGGACGAGGAUGACGAGGGUUUCGGCUGCGAUAUUGGGACUCUUGGGAACUUCAAGAAGGCCAACGGUACUGUAAAUAUGUCGGCAACAUACAAUACCAGGACUCAGGACAUCGAGAGUUCUGUUGUUGCACGUGGAGACCUCUGGAGGCUAGAGGCAUCGCGUGGUGGAUCAACUUCUGGAAAUGAUACUUCGCCCCUCUACCUUGUUCAGUUGGGCCCUCUACUAUUUGUUCGAGACUCUACGCUUCUCUUGCCUGUUCAUCUUUCAAAGCAACACCUGCUUUGGUAUGGUUAUGAUCGCAAGAAUGGAGUCCAUUCCCUCUGUCCAGCUAUAUGGUCAAAACAUAGGAGAUGGUUGAUGAUGUCAAUGAUGUGUCUCAAUCCAAUAGCUUGUUCGUUUAUGGAUCUGCAAUUCCCUAAUGGGCAACUAACAUAUGUUGCUGGUGAGGGGAUAUCAGCCAGCGGUUUUCUUCCGUUAUUUGGUGGGUUGCUUCAAGCUCAUGGAAAAUAUCCUGGAGAAACAAGAGUGAGCUUUUCUUGCAAGAAUAAGCGUGGCACAAGGUUCGCUCCUAUGUUUCAAUGGCCUGACAAGUCUGUUUCAUUAGGAGUUACUCAACCCUUGGCAUGGAAAAGAUCUGGUCUUAUGGUGAGACCCAGCAUACAAGUCAGUGUGUGCCCUACGUUUGGAGGAAGUGAUCCUGGGGUACGUGCAGAAGUUGUCCAUUCAUUGAAAGAGGAAUUGAAUGUGAUGUGUGGCCUCUCUUGCUCACGGCAUCCAUCAGCUUAUACUGCUCUCUCUAUUGGACGAUCAAAGUGGAAUGGUCAAGUGGGUAGUUCUGGAGUGGUAAUCACUUUGGAAACCCCUCUUAAUAACAUUGGAAGGCCGUCCUUAUCUGUUCAACUGAAUGGUGGUUUUGAGUUGUGAUCCUUCCGAGUCGUCCACUGAAGCUGUACAUACCAGUGUAUAUAUUGCCAUCACUAAUAUUGUUCGUGCUACUCAGCCAAUCAACCUUGAAAAGUUUGUUGAAGUGGGCUGAGGCUUGCAGGUUGUUUUUGUUACUGUAGUCUAUAGGUCUCAAGUCUCAACUCAACAAAUCAACUGCUAUUGUACCCAUGCGGGCACAGAAGUAAACUUUUCCCCACUCAGAGACUUGCAAUCCUUAAAGAGAUUGUGGUACUUGCAGCAGUUGAGCUCAUAUUUUUAGAAGUUCAUGAAAGGGGAGAGCCACGGGCUAAUGUUGCUAUAGCCUGCCUCCUUGUGGGAGCCACGGGGUCAUGUAAGAUGUUCAUCAAGCUCUCUUUUGGUGCAAGACUGAUAAUACCUGUCGCAAACUCUGCAAUUGAACAUUGUUAACAAUUGUCUUGUGCGGACCUUAUUAACAUAAUAUCUGGCCACUGCUUAGUUUUGCAUCGUUGGAUGUUGAGACAAACUAGCUGGUGUAAUUUUUGGCUGCAAUCUUGUAUUCCUCGACAUGUAUUGAUCCAUGAAUGAAUGAAUGAAUGGAAGACCAGCGAUCCCUGAAAUAUAUUUGAUACAAA